UCGCCUUUUAUGUUUGUUCUAUCGUCUUCCAACCGAACGCUUAAACCCUAUUGUGCAGAGUGACUGCCACAAGUUCGGCGUCUCCGAUUAUAACUAGGGUUUCGAGACUGUCUGUAACUCGAGGCGACCAACUUUACCCAAAUCUCUCUCCAAUGGCGAAGAAGCGAACCAGACACACGAAUCCAGAACCGUUCCUUGAAGAUGACUCCAAAUCGGUCUCAAAGAAGCGAACCAAGCCUCUCAAACACCACCAGCAAGAACAGAAGGCAAUUAUCAUUCUGCUUUCUCUUUUUAGUUUCUGUCUCUUAUCUUUACUUUCGAUUCCUUCUGCCUAUAUGUGUGUUUGCAGCUUAUAUCGUCCGGUAUGAGUUCGAAAAUUUUGAAAGAGGCCUUAAUUCAGCAAAAGGAGGUCCAAGAGGAGGAGACGGAAGAGCAAAACCCUAACAGGUUGGUGUUUAAUGAAGAACAAGUGAUCGCAGCUGAAUCUGAUGAAGAUGAAUUUGAUGAUUUUGACGGGUUUUCAGAGACUCAGAGCCAGUUCGGGGGCUGGGAGGCUGAGAUUGAUGAGGAUGAUGAGAAGAUACUUGAGGCUUUCAUGUCCAAGGAUGCUCGUCCACAACGCACAUUGGCGGACAUCAUUGUUGGGAAGAUCAAAGAAAAAGAUGCCCAAGUUUCUUCAGAAAUGCAAUCGGUUCCCAAGUUAGAUGAUUCUGUCAUAGAGUUAUACAAGGGUGUGGGCAGGCUUCUUAGCAAAUACACUGCGGGGAAAUUACCAAAAGCUUUCAAACACAUACCUUCAUUAAAAUUUUGGGAGGAAGUUUUGUACCUGACUGAACCUGAGAAAUGGUCACCAAAUGCAAUGUACCAAGCGACAAGAAUCUUUUCUUCCAAUUUGGGUGUGAAGAAGGCAGAGCGCUUUUACAAGCUUGUCUUACUCCCACGUGUCAGAGAAGAUAUCCGAAAGAAUAAGAGACUACAUUUUGCACUGUAUCAAGCUUUGAAAAAGUCUCUGUACAAACCAGCAGCCUUCAAUAAGGGAAUAUUGUUCCCAUUAUGUGAGUCUGGGACUUGCAACCUGAGGGAAGCCGUAAUUAUUGGGAGCAUUAUUCAAAAGGUUACCAUUCCUUUUCUUCAUUCAAGUGUAGCAUUACUGAAGCUAGCAGAGAUGGAGUACUGUGGCACAACAAGUUAUUUUAUAAAGCUGUUAAUUGAGAAGAAAUAUGCCUUGCCAUAUCGCGUUCUGGAUGCCAUGGUCGAUCAUUUUAUGAGAUUUCUUGAGGAUUCAAGGGUAAUGCCUGUAAUCUGGCAUCAGUCACUUCUUGCAUUUGUGCAAAGGUACAAAAAUGAACUAAGGAGGGAGGACAAGGUCAACCUCAAAACUCUUGUUAAAACUCAAAGGCAUAAAUUAGUUACGCCAGAAAUAUUGAGGGAGCUGAGCAGUAGUCGCAACCGUGGCGAGAAGGAGGAUGAUCUUAUGUCAAUAUCAUCUGUUUCUGUGAUGAAUAAAGCAAUUGUGGAAGACAGGUUUGAUGUUCCAGAGGUACCUAUGGAAGAAGACUGAGUAUUCAUUUACAUAAACUAUAUAGAGGAUCAUAAGGUCUCUUACCCUUUUAUUGGAAGGAACUCUCAUGCAUAUCAAGAGUAGUGUAAAUUUGGGUGCUGUGUUGAUGGGGAAUUUCUGAGCAAGUGGAUCUGGUCUAAAGUUGUUGAAAUGCAUCGAGUACUUCUGUAUGAAGAUAGGAAAGUUUUGCCAAGUCUGUUGUAUUAUCGGCACAUUGUUCCUGUUAGAAAUAUCAUGUGUCUUGUUUUAUGAAACCAAAAUUUUACCUCUUUUCGACCUAGAUGAAAUGGAAAGAUUCCUUGGAGUGCCAUUUUGUUUAUUCAUACUCUCUUGUUCUCUUAGAAUAACUGUUAGAUGUGCCAUUGGAUUGUCCCUGGUUUUCUGUACCAUCUUGUAUAUUAUUAAUA